AUGGAGUCCGCGACACUUUCAAACCUCAUCAAUAAAACCAAUAUGAAUUCAACCACUCCCCCUCUUCUAUCUCCCUCCGACACCGCCCUCCUCGAAGCCUUCAUCCCAGGCUACUCCUUCAUCUCGAGAUUCCUCAUCUCUUACCUCCAGAUAGACCUCUCUCUCUACCUCCCCUAUAUACUCACCUACAUCGCCAUCGCCGCAGUGCUCAAAUACUCCUUUUCUAAGCUCAAGGGUGUCCUAGAAACCCACUGUAUCGCAACAGCUGAAAUCCGUCUCGACGACGAGAUCUCCAACUACCUCCUGUACUGGAUGGCGCAGCAGCCCUUCGCAAACCGGAGUACGCGGUUUGUCGCCGCAACACGGAUUUCCACUCAAUCGUACUAUUACGACUCCGAGGACGAGGACGAAUGGGGCGAGGAAGAUGAGUACGACGAGGACGGCAACGUGAUCAACAAUUUCGACGAGUACUGGGCGAGGACGCGCAAUCGCGAUAAGUUCAAGCGUCUGAGGUUCACCCCCGCGGAGGGGACGCACUAUUUCUUCUUCCGCGGUCAGUUACUGGCCUUUGUCCGGGCGAAGGGUGACAAGAAGUCUUCUUCCUCAUCUCGGUGGGGCGCGCGCUUCGAGACCGAGAAGUUGUAUCUGUCGUGUUUUGGACGGGACCCUGCCAUCCUGAAGGAGUUACUGGCUGAGGCGCAGCGGGUGUAUGUCGCGCGUGACGGGAACAGCACCAUUAUUUAUCGUGCGCAGAGGAGUCCCGGUGAUUAUGUCGAUUGGUCCCGCUGUAUGGCGCGCUCCCCGCGCCCUCUGUCGACGGUUAUCUUGGACCAGGCGCAGAAGGAUGCCUUUCUUGAUGAUAUUAAGGAAUAUCUUCAUCCCCGCACGAGGAGGUGGUAUUCGAAUCGUGGUAUCCCCUAUAGACGGGGUUAUCUCCUUCAUGGACCACCUGGCACGGGAAAAACGAGCUUGUGCUUUGCGGUGGCUGGUCUGAUGGGGCUUCCUUUGUAUCUUCUCAAUCUGAGCUCGAAGUCCUUCAAUGAAGAUGAUCUCAUGUCUUUGUUCCAGGAGCUUCCCCGUCGGUGCAUCGUCUUGCUUGAGGACGUUGAUUGCGCCGGUAUCACGCAGAAACGAGUCAGCGACGGCGGUGAGGACUCGACGGCGAAGCCAGCUGAGGGUAAGGAAGGUGAUUCCCCCGAGGACGCUGAUGCCGAUUCCUCGAAGCAGGGCAUCUCGCUCUCCGGUCUGCUGAAUGUGAUCGAUGGUGUAGCCGCCAGCGAAGGUCGUAUCCUGGUCAUGACGACGAACCACCCCGAGAAGCUCGACCCGGCUCUGCUGCGGCCUGGUCGGGUCGACAUGUCGAUUCAGUUUGGGUACGCCGAGCCUGGUGAUAUCAAGGAGCUUUUCUCGGCCAUUUAUUCCACGCUCGAGGGUGAUGUACGCUCGUCAAGGACGAAGAGACCCCGGGGGAAGAAGGAUCAGGUGACGUCGGAGGUCCCAUGGCAUCAGUUCUCGCGGGAGCAAAUCCAGAACUUGGCAGAUCAGUUCCUUGCGCUAGUGCCAGGUGGGCAAUGCACUGCUGCUGAGAUCCAGGGGUAUCUUCUGAACUACAAGAGGGAUCCCGAAGCCGCGAUCGAAGGGGUUGAGGAAUGGGUGCGAAGCAUUCGAUCGAAACGGGAGGGGCAAACAGAGGCAACUGUGAAGGCAGACUAG